UGACUGGCGGCGCGCGGGUUGGGCUGGGAGGGUAAAGGCAGCUCGGGCGUGGAAGCUGCUGCUGCCGCCGCCGCCGCCGCCGCCUCUCUCUGAUCGCCUCGCCUUUCAAGAGCGAGCGGUUUUUGCAAGGGACGAGGACCGGAGCGCUGGGGCGAAGAGGGAAGGACCAGACCACAGCCGAGGAAGAGCCGGGCUCGAAAGCGCCAGCCAAGCAACCCCAAUCGCGCGCCAUCGCCCUUUUCUCCGCCAGGCGGCAUGAGCAGCUGCGACGCCAAAGAUUACCUGGCCAGGAGGGAGAUCCCGCAGCUUUUCGAGAGUUUGCUGAAUGGAUUAAUGUGCUGCAAACCCGAUGAUCCCGUGGAGUAUCUGGAAAGCUGCCUACAAAAAGUAAAGGAACUGGGAGGAGCAGAAAAAGUCAAAUGGGACACUUUUGUCAGUCCGGAAAAAAGGUCACUGCCCCCACUAAAUGGCAACCAAUCAAGAAGAGCAUUUUUCAGGAAUGUGAUGCCUGACAACCCCAACUUUCCUUACCGGAGAUAUGAUCGACUUCCUCCAAUCCACCAGUUCUCCAUCGAGAGUGACACGGACCUCUCAGAAACAGCUGAACUUAUUGAGGAAUAUGAUGUGUUCGAUCCGACUAGGCCUCGACCCAAAAUCAUUCUAGUCAUAGGUGGACCCGGCAGUGGUAAAGGAACCCAGAGCUUAAAAAUAGCAGAACGCUAUGGAUUUGAGUAUAUCUCUGUGGGUGAAUUGUUAAGAAAGAAGAUCCAUAGCACAAGCAGCAAUCGAAAAUGGAGUCUGAUCGCUAAGAUAAUUACAACUGGGGAAUUAGCCCCACAGGAAACAACAAUUACUGAAAUAAAGCAAAGAUUAAUGCAAAUUCCUGAUGAGGAAGGUAUUGUUAUUGAUGGAUUUCCACGAGAUGUUGCCCAAGCUCUUUCCUUUGAGGACCAAAUCUGUACCCCAGAUUUGGUGGUGUACUUGUCCUGCUCAAAUCAACGGCUCCAAGAACGCCUAAUGAAACGCGCCGAACAGCAGGGGAGGCCAGACGAUAAUCUGAAAGCCACACAGAGACGCCUGACUAAUUUCAAGCAGAAUGCUGUUCCGCUGGUCAAAUAUUUCCAGGAAAAGGGCCUGAUAGUUACCUUGGAUGCUGACAAAGAUGAGGAAGAAGUCUUCCGUAACAUAAGCCUGGCUGUUGACAAUAAGCUAUUUCCCACUCAAGAACCAGGGCCAAGUCCAUGUGAAGUUGACCUUAGUCUCAUUUUGGACCCAGGAGAGAUUCCUGAUCAUGAAUUUAACUUUGAAGAUCAGGUUUACUGUAUGCAGUUGCAUCAUAAUACUGCAUAUGAACAAUCAUGUGUUUGCAGGCCUGAAAAUGCAGAUUUUACAGAAGACCUGAAGAAAUCAAACAUAAUUUUUGUACUUGGUGGCCCAGGCUCUGGCAAAGCAACCCAGUGUGAGAAAUUAGCACAAAAGUAUGGAUUCAUGCAUCUGUCCAUAGAAGAUCUGAUCCAAAAUGAGACAGCAUCUGGAAGGAGUAAGAGCAUCAGAGAUAUAACUGAGAGUGGUGAAAUUAUAUCAGGGGAUAUUGUCACGGAGCUCUUAAAAGAAGCUAUACUUGCCAAUAUGGAAAAUUCGAAGGGAUUCUUGAUUGAUGGCUAUCCCCAAGAGAUUCAACAAGGAGAACAGUUUGAGAAUGAGAUUGGUGAGCCCUCUCUGGUAAUCUGCAUGGAUUGUUCUUCUAAGACUAUGAGUAGUCGCCUUCUGCAAAGAAGUCAGUGCCUUGAAGAUAAUGUUGAAGCUAUGAUGAAAUGCAUCAAAGCUUACUAUAAAACAGCUGAGCCACUAAUUGCAUAUUACGAAAACAGAAUCCCACUUUUGAAGAUAAAUGCAGAAGGAACACCAGAGGAAGUUUUUCUUGAGAUAUGCACUUCACUCAAUACUUUUCUGAAGGAAUAGCAUCACUUUCAGAAUUUAAUGUAAUGGCAGUGCUGUAACACAUACAUGCAUAGUGUCCUUUACAAAUGCUGUUCAAAGCAAUAGCUGCUGCCUUGACAGAUUAAUGCAUGUUGUAAACAUUGUAAAAAUCUUUGUAACUUAAAUGGUACCGUAAUGACACAUGUGUACUGUAUAUGGCCUAUGAUAAGAGUUUGCAGUUCACAGGUUUAAAAAAGCCAGCAUGGUAAACAGCAGCUGAGUUUUAUAGAAAACAC